AUGGCGUUCCCUGGCACUCCCGCCUUCUUCGGAAGCAACGAUUGGCGUGACACUCGUCCUCUUUUUAGCGACACCCAAGAAGACAAUGAACUCAGCGAGCACGACAGCAGCGACGGCCACUCCGCUUGCGCCUGCGCUACGGAGUCCGCGCACGCGCGCAUCGACGCCUUCCUUGCCCGCUCACAAAUCGAGCAUGCGGGUGUAAAGAUCGGAUUGUAUGGCGCCAUUUCGCAUGUCGAUGCAGAAGUCCUUGUCGGCUUGCUUCAAUUCUGUACCGAUAUGGGCAUUAGCUUCGAUUCAGUAUGUGAAGGCUUAGCGGACGGUACCCUUGAUCGAGUCUACGUCCAAUCCCUCAAGUUCGCACUCGACGCUCAUCCCGCGCAAUUCGCCCUCCGUGAAUUUGCGAACAUCGUCAAAACUGCCACUGUUUGGCGUCUCUCGCGUGAUCGCUACCAUGCCGGCCCGCAUGCGGCGACUCGUCCUCAGUCGGCGCCCUCAAACAACCCUACUUCUCGUCCUCCGCAUCGCGCUGGUGCUAUACCUUCGGCACCUGUAGCCGCUGCCCCUCUAGAUGGCGCCGUUAGUCAACAGGAUCUCGUCACGUUGAUGUUCCGCACCCUCGAACAACUUCAGCGCACCCCGCAGACAACCAAUUCACAAGCGUCACUCAACAAAGGCCUGCCCAAAUACGAAGGCAAUAAAUAUCAUCAGGACUCGUCACGAAUCUUGCAAUGGCUCCGCACCUUCGACAAGCUCGCUGACUCUUGCGGCGUUCAAGAAAAGGACCGCUUCCGUUGGCUGUCUAAGGCGAUUGAUGACAAAGACCAGCUCACUUGGACAUGGUUUACGUCGUAUCAAGGCAACACCCAAGAUUGGAACCACGUUCGUACCGAUAUGGUUUUAGAAUGCGCCUCGUCGGUCGACCGCGACCCGUCGCUCCUCGCCGACCGCAUCUCAACCUUCCAGCGCGCUCCGGGGCAAACCAUUCGUCAGUACGGCAGCCUAUUCUUGUCAUUAGUUUACGAACUCGAAUACCUCAAUAAACACAUUGCAACGGUCGCUACGGAACUCACCCGGACCCAAAUUGCUCGAGCUUUUAUCCGCGGUCUAGGCGAUAGUGCUACGCUGGCGCACGCGCUUGGUUUGCCGAACUUCAACCAGCUUCCAAUCGAGGAGUUGAUUCGGGCUUGCGCCGAUUACGCCGAACGCAAGGACGCAUACUCAGCGCCAAACGUGCCGUAUCAGGCGUCGACUCGUCCAUCGUACCCCGCACCGACGGCUACGAACAUCCCGGGCACCAACAACCAGUAUCCCUCAAAUGCGCGGAACCAGCGUCCUUCGGUACCUCGCGCACAGCCCGCUCCACGGGUCUUGCAACCAGCGCCGCAAGCUUCGGCCCCGACGACUUCGGCGGCUCCGGCAGCGUCUGGUCCGGAUGACUUGACUGCCCGCAUGCGCGACCUUUCCAUCAAGACCGCCGGUAAUAGCAACCAGUAUCCUCCGGGCCUUCCCAGCGCGCGCCCUCAACGCCGCGACCGCGCCUGCUUUCGUGGCGGACAAUCCGGCCACAUCUUCAGGGAUUGUCAAUCCACCACGAAACUGGAUACCUGGCAUGGGUACCAGUUAGCGGCCGCCUUCUACCCCAAAGAAGUCCAUGAGUACGACGAAGAUCAUACCGAAUAUUACUCGAUGGUCCUCCGCGAUGUGGGCCACUACUACGCGGACCCGGAAGACCAGGAUUUUCCCAAUGGGAGCUCGGAGCAGUAG